AUGCAUGCUUAUCAGUUCGAUCCGCUAUUUACGGUACGGUUUAUUAUCUAUGUAUUUUGUACUUACGUUAGACAUCGCUUCUUCACCUCGUCGUAUCGUGGCACGCUUUCAAAUGUUUACAAUGGCCUCUCGGUUUCUGGAAGCCUGUUCGAUUCCGCGUUCCGAGAUCGACGUUGUUUUCUUCCUUACACAGACUUCAGUCCGGACGAGUGGGGUCCAGAGUUCCCACUCAGUACGUCGUCCAGGUAUUCGAUACCCAUGCCUACUCUUUAUAGUACGGAAGGUUAUAAGUUCAAAAAGCCGAGUAUAAUCGAGCUGGUUCUAUACAAUAUGGCGGCGUUGUUGGGCGGCGUGGCUGCCGGAUAUGACGUCAGAGUUUCUAACGUCAGCCCACUACAUCCUACUUUACAGCCACACAGAGCGGAGGAAUCUGACGUGCUAAGUCCGUCAGUGUACGAGGGAUUCGGUUUCGCGCACAACACCUACCACGGACCUACGAGGCAUGUCCGAGCACCGCUCAACGCUCUAACGGACCCCAUAUCAAGCCUUCAAGCGGAAGAACAAAAGCCCCUCCGAUUCACGGACUCUCCCACGCAUUACGCGCACCCCUCCUCUUCCUCUGGCUACGGCCAUUCCGCUCAACCGCUCUCCGGCACCUCCGGUCUCGGGACCAACUACACUUCGACCCAACCGACUCCCUCUCCCAGAAGAACCUCCUCCACAUCCGAUCAUUUAGCCGAUUUGUACCAGAACUACCGAGAAAACUUCCAACCUUCCCCUUCCCAAGAGAGACAGGACUUCUUCUAUAGACCGGACUAUUACGAUAGAACCGCCGACUACGUGGUCAAACACCCGUACUACGGGUACGACGAGUGCUCCUUCGAAUACCGGGAAUCGACCCCCGAAUACCGAUUCACACAUAGACGGACCCCGUCGAAUUCCUCCGCGUCCAAUUCGCACCCGGAAGAAUUCUCCCCCAAAUUCCAAAAGUACCCCAAAGACUAUCGCCCCAAAGGCGAGUAUCCUCGAAAGAACGACUACUCCCUUCCGAGGGAUUUCUAUCGGGAGGAAGCCGAGAGACCGGCGAAUUUGGGGCUAGAAUUGGCACCCACCAAGUUAAGGUCCAGUCUGAAAAAAUACAAGAAGUCGUCGGCGUCGGGGGGCAGCUCCGGGGGAGGGACCCCCACCAACCCCACCCCGCCGGAUAGCUUAACCAGCGAAACGGACAGCUCCUACGUUUCGGCGAGGGACGUCUCCAUCGGGUCGCAGUCUAGAGUCAGAUUCAGUCCCGAAGCGCUGGAAGAAGGAGUGGUUCGUCGCGGCUCUCGGCAUUCGUAG